GUGUGCUCUUCUCUGCUGUCAUUCACUCGGCUCCUUUCAGCAUCCAGCCAAUGGAGAGUGAGGGCCUGGGAGCAGCAGGCCUUGGGUAGCGUGAUUGAUGGGCAAGCGGGGCGGCGGGGCGCUCGCACUCGCACUCCGCCGCGCUCCGCGCCGCUCCGCGGGGCUCUCGGCUCCCACCGCCCGCGGCGGCAAGGGGUCCCCGGGGCACCUGUGUGUGUGUGUGUAUGUGUCUGUGUGUGUGUCUCGGGUGAGUGGCUCCUGCCUUGGGGCCGUUGUGUCUCGGUGGCGUGGGAGCGCUGGGUCUCACCGGAGCGGGACCAGCGUGCGCGGGUCUUGCGGCUGUGCUGCUGGAGGCUCUUGGGUGCGGUGGGUGUGCGUGGCGCGGCUGUCCCCGCUGUGCAGCUCCUGUGCCUCGGCCGGGCACGGCUGGGGUGCGCUGGGCUGCGGGGUGGCUCAGCUCCUGUGCCAGGGCUGUGCAUGGCUCUGGUGUUGGGUCCUGGGGCUGAGCGCGUAGCUGCCGCGUCCCGGCUGUGCGCGGCUCUGCUGGCGUGUCCCGGGCUGCGCGGCUGCCGUGCCAUGGGACUCAGCGCGUAGCCGGCGCGUCCCGGCUGUGCGCGGCCCCGUUGCGUGCCGCUGCCGUGCUGCGGGGCGGUGCGGGGCUCUGCUGCCCUGCCCGGAGAGCGGGUCCGGCCCCGGUGCCCCGGGGCGUUGUGCGCGGCUCCCCUGCCGGGGCCGGGCGGCGGCUCCCUGGCGGCGGCAUGGAGCACCUCGGUGCUCACCACCUGCACCAAGGCCAAGCCGAGCCCAUCAGCUUCGGCAUCGACCAGAUCCUCAACACGUCGGAGCCGGGCAGCUGCAUGGUGUCGCACCCGCGGCUGCAGGACUCGGCGGAUUACGGGCUGGGCUGCAUCGUGGGCAGCGCCUACAAUACGGUCACGGGUGGCUACGGGGCGAGCGGCGGCGCGGCCGGCGCCUACACCGGCACCUCCUGCAGCAUGGGCGGCCUGCCCGGCUCCUACAACGUGAACAUGGCGGUGAGCAUGAACGGCAACACCUUGAGCUCGGCCGGGGGGGUGAUCCGCGUCCCGGCCCAUCGCCCGGUGGCCGGCGGCGUGCACCAGCCCCUCUCCGCCGCCGUGCCGGCGGUGAACGGCAUGAACAGUCUCACGGGGCUCACCUUUCCCUGGAUGGAGAGCAACAGGCGGUACACAAAAGACAGAUUCACAGUGGCCCUCUCACCCUUCACUGUAACACGCCGUAUAGGUCACCCCUACCAGAACCGCACGCCCCCCAAGAAGAAGAAGCCGCGCACCUCCUUCACCCGACUGCAGAUCUGCGAGCUGGAGAAGCGCUUCCACCGGCAGAAGUACCUGGCCUCGGCUGAGCGCGCUGCCCUGGCCAAGGCCCUCAAGAUGACGGACGCCCAGGUGAAGACCUGGUUCCAGAACCGGCGCACCAAAUGGAGGAGGCAGACAGCAGAGGAGCGGGAGGCUGAGCGGCAGCAAGCGAACCGCAUCCUCAUGCAGCUGCAGCAGGAGGCCUUCCAAAAAACCAUCAACCAGCCCAUCCAAGCCGACCCCAUCUGUGUCCACAACUCCUCUCUCUUCGCCCUCCAGAACCUCCAGCCUUGGUCUGACGACUCCACCAAGAUCACCAGUGUCACCACCGUCGCCUCUGCUUGUGAAUAAGGCUGGCACCCGCCGGCGGCACGUGCACCUUCUGCCGGUGGGGCUGUCCCCGGGGGGCCACGAGACAUCCCUGUUUCUCCCCGGGGAAGGCUGGCACCCAAUGGUCCUCCAGCCGCAUGUGCAUCCCACACGUCCAGCUGGGGAAACCCUCCACGAGGACUGAAUGGAAGGGAAACCACCCCAAAAACUCUCCCUGCCUGUGGGGUUGCUGGAGCAGCGGUGGUGUCUCGCCUCCCCCCAACCCUUUUGUUCUCUUGAAAGUCUCCAGCGCCGACCAUGAAGUUGCUGACGUGCUGCCAGACAAAAGCCCAGCCCUGACAGACACGGCUGCCAGCGUUUGCCCAGCUCAGGGAGAGAAAACUUCCUUUGGAUUAUGCUGGCAGCAGUGCAAAGCCUGGGGUUACCCUUAUAUAUCCGUAUAUGUAUAUAUAUAAAGCGUUUAUAUAUAUAUAUAUAUAUAUAUAUAUGUAUACUUUGGAUUGAUGGCUUGAAACAAAAGGAGGAGGCUCCCUGGAAAUCACAUCCCUGCUGUGAGCCUCCUUGGGUUGUCCGCGCAGGAGACAUUCGGGGAUGCAACAAAUGGAGGAAACAGCAGCAAUUUCUGCUUGCGCCAGAUGGGAACCCUUCAGAUCUCACCUCGCCGUCUCUCCUCCCCUUUUUCAUUAAUUUUUUCUUGCAAGGGGGAAUAAGAGAAGGAUCUGACAGACUCCUGAGGAUGGUAAAUAUGAUAUCUCAAUUGUAUGAAGAGCCCAAACUGUCCCCGGCUGCCACAGACUCCGUGCCCAUCAGCGUGUAUUUUAAUAAUGAGAAGACCUUGGUGGCAGUUUGUGGGGGUAAUGCAGUUUCUUUCCAUGGAUUAUUUCCAUAUCAUUUGCAAAAUAUUGUCCAAUGUUUUAUUUUACCUGUUUCCCUUUAGAAGGCAGUUCCUGACAGCAAAAAAUCAAUUUCACUCUCAACCGUUUAACUUAGUUGAUUCUUCAAUUGUACCAAGGGAAUGAGACACAAUUAAACAAAGCACUUCUUAUAGCAAAUGCCAGGAAUAUAUAGAUAUAUAUAUACAGUAUAUAUUUUUCAGUUACUUAUAAUCUAAAACAGCACUGCCAAUUUAAAGCAGCAAGUACAAACAAGCAAUCAGAAAACCUAUUUUCAGUGAGAUUUUUAAAGGCAUUCGUUCAUUUGGUUUUUUUAAGUUAUGCACUUAUAAGGCGUUUUAUGUGUAUUCAUUUUAUAAAGUGCUUGUGUAAUUUAUGUGGAAACGAAAAGGAAAAUAAAAAGAAAAAAAAUC